AUACGGCCAAGUCGGCGAAAACUAGGAAGCCCUCGUUGCUCAUCAAGUUCGUCAGUCACAAGUUUUUUGUUGUUGCAGUCAGUUGGCGCUUGGAAGUUGCCGCGCGUUUGAAAUGUAACGGUCGCUCUGAACUGCAUAACGGCAUAUAUAUAUAUAUAUAUAUAUAUAUAUAAAUACAUAUUUGUGGCAGUGUGCGCGUGUGAAUUGAAUUGAAAGCCAUCCGCCGCUACAACUGCUUUGGGAUAGCCCUGGAGGGUAAGGAAAGGCGAAACGGAACCAAACCGAAACUGAAUUGUAUAUCGCAUUCGAAACCAAAAUCGGGCGCAGUUCUCAAACAGCAGUGAUGCAACGCAAGGCCGACUAAGCGGAAGACGCACAAGGGCGCGACAUGACGGACCUAAAUAGCCUGUUACGGAGAAACAGGGGAGAGAGCAUUGAAGGUGACGGCGGAACGGACUCCACUCGCCUAACCAUUGCCAGCUACAUUGGCAAAGCAACCACAGCCGCCGCAUCCAUAUCCGUGCCGCAUGGCAGCAGCAGCAACAGCAGCAGCAGCAGCAGCAAACUGUCUGCCACCAUUGCCUCCAUAUACAAUUACUUGCCUCGCUCAUCGACGACACCCCAAUCAGCAGCUGUGGCAACCACACGCAGUCCUAUGCAUUUCAUCAAUCGGGCUACGCAUUUGAAAAAUACAGCAAUGUCCACGCUCAAAAGUUCAAUUGCCGCAACAACAACAACAACAGCAGCAGCAACCGGGGCAACAGCAACAGCAGCGGCAACAUCGGCUCUGCCCACGGCCAUCAACAUGACAUGGAACACCACAACCACGACAACGCCGGCGAUGACAGCAGCGUGGACCGCGGCAUCCACAGCCGGCAGCUAUGAGAAUUGCUCGGCCCUGUUUGCCAACUACACGCAACCCCAAGCAGGCCUUUACUGCAACUGGACGUGGGACACGCUGCUCUGUUGGCCCCCGACGCCCGCCGGCGUACUGGCGCGCAUGAAUUGUCCCUCCGGCUGGCAUGGCGUCGAUACACGCAAAUUCGCCAAUCGCAAGUGCGAGCUGGACGGCCAUUGGGGCGGCCGGCCGAACGAGACUGAUCCAAACCAUAUGGGAUGGACCGACUAUGGGCCAUGCUACACGCCCGAGGUUACUCAACUGAUGCAACAGAUCAACGCCGACUUCGAUGUCUAUUUGGAUAUUGCCAAGCGAACGCGCACUCUCGAGAUUGUUGGACUGUGUCUGUCGCUGCUGGCCCUUAUAGUAUCGUUGAUCAUCUUUUGCAAUUUCCGCUCGCUGCGGAACAAUCGCACCAAGAUACACAAGAACCUCUUUAUCGCCAUGGUGCUUCAGGUGAUUGUCCGUCUCACUCUCUAUCUGGAUCAGGCAUUUAAGCGCGGUAGGCAGGAGGCGGCCACCAACACAAGCUUAUCCGGCAUUGAAAAUACGCCCUAUCUUUGCGAGGCAUCCUACGUAUUGCUGGAAUACGCACGCACUGCUAUGUUCAUGUGGAUGUUUAUCGAGGGCCUCUACCUCCACAAUAUGGUGACGGUUGCGGUAUUUCAAGGCAGCUUUCCGCACAGGUUCUUUUCGGUCCUCGGUUGGGGCAUGCCAGUGCUGAUGACUACCGUGUGGGCGCUAUGCACGGUCAUUUAUAUGGAUACAGCACUGGGCGACUGUAUGUGGAACUAUAACCUAACGCCCUACUAUUGGAUACUCGAGGGUCCUCGCCUGGUAGUCAUAUUGCUGAACUUCAUAUUCCUGGUCAACAUAAUACGCGUUCUGGUUGUCAAGCUGCGUCAAUCUCAGGCCAGCGAUAUCGAGCAGACCCGCAAAGCGGUACGCGCUGCCAUAGUCCUGCUGCCGCUGCUGGGCAUCACAAAUCUGCUGUAUCUGGUACCGGACCUGAAGACGGCGUGGAAAUUCGCGCUGUGGUCCUAUGGCACACAUUUCUUGACCUCCUUUCAGGGUUUUUUCAUUGCACUUAUCUACUGUUUCCUAAACGGUGAGGUGCGCGCUGUGCUGCUCAAGAGCCUUGCCGUCUACAUGUCUGUGCGUGGUCAUUCGGAGUGGGUGCCCAAGCGCACCUCCAUGUACUCGGCCGCGUACAACACAGCGCCGGACACGGACGCCCUGCAGCAGCCGGGCGAUUCAUUGCCCGGUGGUAAGCGCGUGUCGCCACCCAACAAACGUGUCAACUACCGGAAGGGCAGCUGUGCCAGCAUCGUUGUCACCCACGACCAUACCGCCCAACGACAAAGACUCGUGCAGCGGAACAAUAAUAAUGGCAAUGCCAGUCCGCGACCUCGCACCCUUGACACAACACCUCCCGAUGUGGCGGUCACAUCGGUGUCGGCGACACGUAUCCACAGCAAGGAUACGACGGCUGGUACUUCGCCAAGCGCUGGCUCCAGCUGGAUGAUCAUCCUGUGCUUUCGCGGCCAAAAGGUACUGAGAGUGCCGCCAGCGUCAUCCGUACCUCCCGAGUCAGUUGUAUUUGAGUUGUCAGAGCAGUAGAUCUAAUAGCAGUAGCUUCUAGCCACCAACUAGACACCACCGUAGUUCUUCUCGUUCGUAGUUGCGUUUCAUAGUGCUCCUCCACCCCCAAGCCACAAACACACCACCAAGCCACCAAUCCACCCAUCCGCUCGCUUGCCCGCAUCACUUGGCUGUAGUCGAAGGUAGCUAACCUCCUUCCACCACACACCCACCCCCCACCCCCGCCACUGCUGUCGCGACGCCGCAGUCGCAGUCGCAACCGCUGCUGUUGCUUCUCACUAGUGUUCACAAAACGCUUAAAUGUUCAUUGCAAAAAAAUUAACGCCCAUACGCUCCAACAUGCGCCAAUCUGAGAAUUGUCACAUCUGCCAAAAAGUAGCUUGGCAUUAUCUUAUCCCAAUUGGAUUGAAAUUCGACUAGCAUCAAUAUUAAUAAUUAUUUGUUAUCAUCAUUUAGAGCUAUCCCGAACACUCCCACCCCAAGCCGAUAGACCGCAUAGCCUAUUCCCGCCUAGCGUGAAAACUGUUCCCAGCUGUCCCCAAGCACCCCAUUAAGUUCACACUCAAAACCAGAAGAUGAUGGCCCACGACGAUAUUUUAUUUUGGACUACAAAGGACUAGAAUGAUGAAGACUAUUGGCGAGAAUGCACAGCAUUCUCCAUCAACAGUGAGCCAAUGUUGAGUUCAACUCCAUUUGCGCAUAAAACACUUUGUAAAAAAAUAAAACACCCCCACAUACAUAAUAUCCUUAAUGAUUCCUCCUAGUUCUCCAUUGUCAGCGACAACCCUCCCCACCCCCGCCCUAAGCUCUGGCAAAUUAAAGCGUCUACAAAUCACAAAUGUGCCACUUUAUUGGCAAUAACAUCAAUUUAGUGUAUAUAGUACAAAUUUUAACAACGAUUUUUUAAAUUCAUAUUGUGCAUGAUACAGACAUGUACAUACAAACACAUUAUACACUAUACGUAUACAUACAGAUCUGCGCGCCUGCGCGACUGCCGCUUGCCCAAAUGGAGUCCAAGAGACAGGCAUAUUGAUUAACCAAGUGUUCGGAAAAGUACUGCUAUGGAUACAAAAAUCAGCAGAUUAUUGGUAAAUGCCUAGUCGAACAAUUCCUUCAGUUAGAUCUACUCGUAUGCUUGUAGCUUGUACUUAAUAUUAUAAAGAGGAAUGAUUUGAUUUUUUGUUUGUUUGCUUAUUUGGAGUGAAUAUGCUCCGAAACUACUGAACCUAUUUAAAGGAUUCUUUCAAAGCCACACUAUCCCCGGUUAACAUACUCUAUAUUAUAUUUGCAAAAAAGAUAGGGAUGCUUGCUGAAACACCAAUAAUGUAACCCAAGGUGUAAAAAUAUGAACUAAAAUAUUCCUGAUCAGGAUACUGUUAGUUCAGAAUCGCCCUCGAAACAUUAUGUCCAUUACCCAUAGGGAUUUUCAAAUUCUAGUUAAAAAUCGGAAUUCCAAUCAUGCUUUUGAGAAAUUAAAACCCUCCGGGCAAUGGGACGAGGCUGUAUCUUAAAAUAUAUUAGUUAUUAGAUAUUUGUAUCUAAUUAACACAUACUCGUACAUACAUAUGACAAAUUUUUUGACAUUGUCGUUGCUCUUCAUGUUACCUACGAAGGUACAAUAAGCGGGGGGAGAAGGUAUCAGAAUAGUGCCUUUAGGAGAACUUUUAUAGGUAUAGUUAAAUACUUCAUUUGAAGAAUCCGCAAAUUUAGCAAGUGCUUGUUGUUAAUUUCACAGUGUAGUUGCGCUUUAUGUACAAGAAUAGACAAAUAAUGCUUAACUCUCAGAUUUCCUAAAUUAAGGCUAAAGGUUCAACAAUAAUUAGAAACAAUUCUAUUUUAAAUAUCCGGCAAAUAUCUCAUUUGGUACCUAGAUGAUGAAGCAAUGAUGAAAGGCUUCAAAAACAUGCAAUACAAGAAGCAAACUAUCCAGACUUUUAGUUCAGUUUUUCCUGAUAAAAAAUGUUGUAAUCUCAUACCGAAACCUAUUUACAAGAGUUCGCAUUUUCUCCGCUUUUACUAAUUAGAAAGCUGUAAGCAUUUCCGAACACUGGACGAACAAAAUUGAAACUGUGACAGGCAGUGGCAGCCGUGCAUCUGCGCAGUAGCAUGUCUACUACUAUUUUUGCUACUUUUUGACGCAUACUAUUUUGUUGUUUGCCACACCAAAAAGUUACUUGCUGCGCUUAUUGCAACAACAAAAACUAAUUGCAUACACUUACAAAAAGAACAACAACCACAGCCAGAACAACAACAAUAAGUAAAUUAUUUUCUUUCUAUAACUCUCUUCUUCUUCUCG